CCCUUUCUACUCUCUAUUUUUCUUCUUCUGGAAUUCUCCCUCUCCCAAACACACACACACACACACCCCCUCCCUCAAUUCUCAAAUGAUGGAUCAUCAAACUCAACCAUCCUCCUCUUCUUCUUCUCCCCCUUCCUUGCAAGAUUUGUUGAAGCUCUUGAGAGGCAAAACCGACUCCCAACGCCUUGCUGGCCUUCUCUUGGUCACUCAAUACUGUGACAAAAACGAUCAACAUACUCUUCUCACUGUCUACCACGCCAUUGGGUCCACUUUCCUCCAUCGCCUCUUACUCACCGGAAUGGGCAAACACGCUGCUGGACCCCACAAUCCCAACCGUGAGGCUUAUCUGCGCUUGUCCCUCACCCUGCUUGCUGCAUUUGCUAGGCUUUCCCAUAUUGCUGCUACUGAUGACAUGCUCGCCAAAGUCCCCCUUGUUUUGGAGGUUACCUCCACCGAGUUCAGUUCAUCUCUCAGCGACGAGUGCUUCGAAUUUCUAUUUUUGGUGUGCACUGCUCACCAUGAUGGAGUGACAACUUUCUAUGAAUCAGGAGGCAUGGAUGUUCUGGGGUCUCAAAUGCCUACUUUACCAGAUGGUUCACACUCGAUGGAGCUUGCGAUGAAACUAGUUCAGUUGGUUAUAAGCAAGCUGCCUGCUGGAAAAGUCUAUGUUGAUCAUCCAUCAGAGUUAUCCAAAAUGGUGGCUGCAAUAGCAAAGCAAUUUGCUCUGCUACACAAUUCUUUGAAAUUUGAGGCACUUCACCUCCUCUCUACUAUAUUAUCCUCAAAUAAUUCGGGAGCUCUACAUGCAGCCCUUCAGUCAAUGAAUUGUGAUUGGUCGACUAGCAUGCUUGUUGGCAUUAUGGACAUUUUGCAAAAUCGAGUUGCUCCUGCUGAUAAACUUCAGGCUCUUCUUCUUGCUGAGUGUGUCAUAUCCAUUGUUGGUGAAGAAUGGUUAAUUGGACCAACAACCUUACACGGUGCACAUAGUUCUUUCCCUGCUGACCGGUGUAUACUGCUUGUUCUGGAAUCAUCUAGGAUUGAAAUUGCUGUUAUCUUAAAUGAGCUAGCAUACUUAAAAUAUGAAGCUUCUAAGAAUUGUCCUCCAAAUGCUGAAACCUUUCUUGCUAAGCUAAGGAAUCUUGGUGUUGCCUUCUCAUUGGUGGAAAGAAUUAUCAAACUCAUCUCAAAAUUUGGUGAAAAUGAAGGAUCAAAUGCCUCUUCCAUCAUUAGUGAAAGCACUGUCACCAAGAUCAUCGGUGGGCUCAAUGAGACUAUUGAUGUGGUCCUUGAUUAUUUGCAAGAUGCGAAGGAUCAUGGGGAGAGAAAAGGGGAUGACCUCCUAGCUUCUGUUAGAAUAGUUGGGAGCUAUCUUGCAGAAGCGCCUUGUGCAUGCAAGGAGAAGGUCGAGGGUCUUCUUGAUUAUAUGCUGUCAGUUGAAGGGGGAGAUGAGUCUAGUCCUUUUUACUCCAUCUCCUUUUUGCUCCCCAUGAUGUGUCAAAUUACAAUGAAGGAUGAUGGAUGUAAAGUCUUUGCCUCUGCUGGGGGUUUCAGAGCUGUUGUUGGGUGCCUUGUUUCUUUGAUUGAUUCAAGCCGCUCUAGAAUUGAGGACAAUAGUACCAUAUUCUUGGCCUGUGAUACAAUUUUGAAUUUCCUUUUAAAGAGAGAGCAAGUUUGGUUUUCCUUGGACAACAUUAGUUCUGUCAAGCUUUUGCAGGCAUUGGCACAUUGGACAGAGGACGCGCUAGACCAAUUUGUUAUUAUGAUGGCAUCAAGCAUAUGCUCAGUCAUACUUGAUUCAACUUCUGAGGAAUCACUUCUAUGCCAUCCAGAUUUUAGCACUGAGGACCUGAUUGCUCUGUCCAAGCUCAUGAAGAGAAGCUUGGAAACCUGUUGUCAGCUUUGUUUUCUAACGAAAGAAACAGGAUCUGAUGUCUGAUCAAAGCAACUCGGAGUCUGAUCUUCAUGAGAUAGUUACUAAAGGAUAUUCUUCCUGGGCAGGCCGCUUUCCCCAUAUCAAAGAAGUGGUUGAGAGAUGAGGCAAGUUUCUCAGAUUUUGAGCAAAGAAGUUGCUUGUGCUCCUUGUGAAGAGUAACUGCAAAAGGUUGCGUUGCAGAAGGUGACAGUAGUGCGGCCAUGUUGACUACUUACUGAGCUUGAAGAUGAGUGGAUAAUGUUACGAUAAAGAUCUGAGCUCCCGUUGUUGGUUCGUGAUGAUAUUUACUUUGGUGUUGUAGCCUUUAUUUUUCUCUUGUGCCACUUCAUCUUUCAGAUGGUUUAUAUUAGUAGCGUUGUACAUGCUUGCAAAUUCAUAAACUUUAUGUACUUUAUUUUUAUAAUUAGGGAUGUAAUGUAUGCUUGAACCAGGAAACUGGUGAUUCACAUA